AUGGCCAAAUUGAAAAUUGUCCCCACUCUUGAAUCAGUUGUGGACAUUGAUAAACUUGCAGCUGGUGAGAUUGCUAUACAGCAGGCAGUUUUGACAGCAAUGAAUACUCUUCAUGAAAAUGACUUGGUUCAUGGAGACCUUCAUGCAACAAAUAUUCUCUGGAGAAGUGAAGGGGUAAGAUUUGUUGAUUUGACUGGGUGGGCAAGAAUGGAGAAGCAAG